AUGCGGAGAUCAGUAAUUGGAGGUGCCAAACGUACUACUACUACUACUUGUCUCUUCCUUCUCAAUCACGCUCAUCAUCGCUCUCUCCUUCCUCCUCUGCACCACCGUCUUGAUUCUUCUUCUUCUUGCGACUCUCCUCCUCCUCCUCCUCCGCUUCUUCCCCCUCUCCUCCCAACAUGCCGAACCCCGGUUUUGAAAUGCGAAUACGCGGUUCGUGGAGAGAUUGUCAUCCUCGCUCAGCGCCUGCAAGAAGAGUUGAAGGCUAAACCUGGUUCCCUUCCUUUUGAUGAGAUUCUCUAUUGCAACAUUGGGAACCCUCAGUCUCUUGGUCAGCUCCCUAUAACCUUCUUCCGAGAGGUUCUUGCGCUCUGUGAUCAUCCUGCGAUUUUGGACAAAGCUGAAGCACAGGGCCUGUUCAGUGCUGAUUCCAUAAAGCGAGCAUGGCAGAUUCUUGACCAAAUUCCUGGGAGAGCAACUGGAGCAUAUAGUCAUAGUCAGGGUAUCAAAGGAUUACGUGAUACGAUUGCUGCUGGUAUUGAAGCUCGUGAUGGAUUUCCUGCUAAUCCAAAUGAUUUAUUUCUCACAGAUGGUGCAAGUCCAGCUGUACACAUGAUGAUGCAAUUACUGAUAGGCUCCGAAAAAGAUGGACUUCUAUGUCCCAUUCCUCAGUACCCUUUGUACUCUGCUUCCAUUGCUCUCCAUGGUGGUAGUCUGGUCCCUUACUAUCUUGACGAAGAAACUGGCUGGGGCUUGGAAGUUUCUGAACUUAAGAAGCAAUUAAAGGAAGCUAGGUCAAAGGGUAUCACUGUUAAGGCUCUGGUUGUUAUAAAUCCAGGCAACCCAACUGGACAGGUUCUCGCGGAGGAAAACCAGCGGGCUAUUGUGGAGUUCUGCAAGCAAGAGGGUCUUGUUCUUUUAGCAGAUGAGGUUUAUCAGGAAAAUGUCUAUGUUCCUGAGAAGAAAUUUCACUCAUUUAAGAAGGUUGCCCGAUCUAUGGGCUAUGGUGAUAAUGAUUUGUGUCUAGUAUCUUUCCAGUCUGUCUCUAAAGGGUACCAUGGAGAGUGUGGAAAGAGAGGAGGCUACAUGGAGGUCACGGGUUUUAGUCCGGAAGUCAGAGAGCAGAUAUACAAAUUGGCGUCUGUGAAUCUCUGCUCUAAUAUUUCAGGCCAAAUCCUUGCAAGUCUUGUUAUGAGCCCGCCCAAGGUUGGAGAUGAAUCUUAUGAAUCAUAUUCUGCCGAGAAAGACGGAAUUCUUAAAUCUCUGGCUAGGCGUGCCAAGACACUGGAAGAUGCAUUCAAGAGUUUAGAGGGAAUAACAUGCAACAAAGCAGAGGGAGCAAUGUAUCUUUUCCCCCGCAUCAAGUUGCCUGAAAAGGCAAUCAAAGCUGCAGAAGCUGCAAAGACUGCCCCCGAUCUAUUUUAUUGUCGUCGUCUCCUCAAUGCUACUGGAGUGGUUGUGGUCCCUGGUUCUGGCUUUGGUCAGGUAAGAACUUCUCCUUGUUUUUUAAAAUGAUGCCAUGGCUCCAAAAUAAGGUGUAGGAGUGGGUAACGUCAUGGUAGUACUAUAUCACUUCUGCCAAUAACAUGCCUUGAGUAGAAAGACAAGGCUCCUUGGUACUACUCUAGUGCUAUAUAUAACAAUAGCAGUAUGCUGACUUUUUAAUGCCUUAAUGUACGCCAAGAAUCUCAUUAACCUCUUAACUAGAGAUUUCAUUGUUGGACUUGGAAGAUGGAACAUUGUUGGAUUUCUUAGUCAAUAUGCUUGAUGGAAAACAUUUGAGGGUAUAUAUUGAUAUUGAUAUAUUGAUCACUUCUCUCUGUUGCGGUGAUGAAUCGGUUUUCUAGUUGCUGGAAGUGAUUAUGGCCAGGAUGCUUUGACGGGCAAAAAGUCAUUAGCCAUGAUAGCAUCCUUUUGCAAUCAUGAAAUUUGGCAAAUAACAGUUACACUUACACAUAUCACUGAGUCUGUUCUUUGGUUUGCAGGUUCCCGGGACGUGGCACUUCAGAUGUACCAUUUUGCCGCAGGAGGACAAGAUUCCGGCCAUUGUCUCGCGCUUGACAGCCUUCCACAAGAGCUUCAUGGAUGAGUACCGUAAUUAGAGAGAGGAUUGUUGUACUUAUCAUCUGGACCUCAGAAGGAAGUAGCAGAAUAAUAAGAUUGUACUCGCUUCGAUUUUCCCGAUGUUGCGAGUUUUCUUUUCUCCAGAUUUUAGACAACUGAAUAAGUGGCAGCUGCCUUCACUUGGAGGGUAUGAUUGAUGUAUAGCUUAAAGGAUCCAUUGGUCAUAUAUUGCGCUCAAUUUUGGGUUUUGAAACGAAUAGCUUAUGGCUAGCUUAAAGUUUGCUGUCUUUGUGUACGUGCUGUUAAAAUGAAACAUGAAUGAUG